AUGGCCGGCAAAAUCGCAGACGGUGAAGUCGUCAAGAUCGAAUGCGUCGACUGGACCGGCGGCCAGAUCAAAAACACCGACGACGCAGACGACAUCAAAAACGUCGACCUCACCAAGAUCCAUUACCUCAGCGGACCCUUUGAGAUCGAAAAUGCCGAACCUGGAGAUGUACUGGUGGUAGAGAUUCAAGAUGUACAGCCUUUGCAAGACCAACCUUGGGGAUUCACAGGUAUCUUUGCAAAGGAGAAUGGAGGUGGAUUCUUGGAUGAACUGUAUCCCGAAGCAGCAAAAGCCAUCUGGGAUUUUGAAGGCAUCUUCUGCUCUUCCCGCCAUAUCCCCCAUGUCCGCUUCCCAGGCCUCAUCCACCCAGGAAUCCUCGGCUGUGCCCCUUCAGCCGCCAUCCUCGCAGAAUGGAACCGUCGCGAAAACCAACUCAUCACCGAAUGCGCACACAUGACCCGCGAUGUCGCCAAACCACCCGAACCCACAAACGUCCACGCCGGUGCCGCCGACGCUACUCUCAAGGAAAAAAUCGGCAACCAAGGCGCGAGAACCAUCCCCGGCCGCCCCGAACACGGCGGCAACUGCGACAUCAAAAACCUCUCGCGCGGCUCGAAAGUCUACUUGCCCGUCCACGUCCCCGGCGCAAAGUUCAGCGUGGGCGACCUCCACUUCUCCCAAGGCGACGGCGAAAUCUCCUUUUGCGGCGCCAUAGAAAUGGCAGGCGUGAUCACCAUAAAGUUUUCCGUCAUGAAGGAUGGAGUCAAGCACUUGGCCAUGAAAUCUCCAAUUUAUAUCCCCGGCGCCGUGGAGCCAAACUUUGGACCCGGAAGACAUAUCUACUUUGAAGGGUUUAGUGUGGACGAGCAGGGAAAACAGUACUUUNUGGAUACCACGGUGGCGUAUCGACAGACUACGUUGAGGUGUAUCGAGUAUUUGAGGAGAUAUGGGUAUAGUGAUUAUCAGAUUUAUCUGUUGCUGAGUUGUGCGCCUGUGCAGGGGCAUAUUGCUGGGAUUGUGGAUGUGAGUAUCUUGCUGUAUCUACUCCUUAAGUUCUUGACUCUUGCUAAUCCUAUUGCAGNNAUUCCCAAUGCUUGCACAACUCUGGGUCUUCCUAUCGAUAUCUUUGAUUUUGAUAUCAGACCUGAGGCUCCUGUCAAGAAACUCGACAUGGGGACCUGUGCUUUUGUGUCCAAGUAG